CCUCCAAUUUCCUAAGCAGCCCAUAAUAUAUACCCUGCUCGAGAGCCAUUCCACGUCUGUUACAUUGUUUGUCAACGACUACGUUGCUCGUCAACAAAAAAGUUCUACUUACAAUGGAAGACGCUCUUUCUCAAACGUCAGCCCCGCCGUCAUCCGAAUACCCCGGACGUCCAGGUUUUUCUCCAGCAUCCUCUUCCUCCCUCGUCACCUCAGACGUCAUCCGGCCCACGCCUUCGAGGCCCCUGCACCCGGCAACAGCUCCCCCUCGCGGGAGCCAGGUCGUAUCACAUCCCCCACCAAAUGCACCCUGCCUAGCCGACCUCUCUCAGAUGCUAUCUUCGGCAAUCGCUUCACAGACUCCUCAAAUCCCGCCAUCUCAUUCUUCUCUCCACACCCCCUUCUCCUCCUCAGUUCUCCCCACCCCCAUAAACGCCACGACCUCUGGUUCUUCUCAAGUUGCGGCAAAUCCAGCUCAGUAUAGCGCAGCAGGAUUUUCUUUCUCAUUCCCCUCUUCACUCCCCUCUAACCUUUUUCCUACCACUUCCUCUCUCUCAAAUACCUUACCCCUGCCUCCCCCCCUUUCAAACACUCUCCCCAAUGUUAAUCAUAAUUUUAAUCUCGCUACAGCAGUUCCUCCAGCUCAGUCAUCCGCUAACGUACCACGGCCCUCCCCCAUUUCUCCUCUUCGCCAGCAAAUCCUGAAUGAAAUUCAGACUCUUGGCCCCAGAUGCAGAAGCUCGUUCCACGCCGGCUCCUCCGUUUUCUUCAGCCAUAUUCAACUGAACCCCCCAUUACCUGAUCUCCACCGAGCAUCUCAAGAUUUAAUCCUUAGCAGCCUAGCUCCUGUUGAGAACGAGAAUCUCAAUCGAUGA